AGUAGUAUAUUUAAAUAUAUUGUAUCGAUUAUUUGUGAUAUAUUAAAAAUUAUUAAUUUGAUUAAUUGGAUAUUAUGUUUUUUUAUAAGUACUCAUUUUUAUUAGAUAAACCAAAAGGUCCAACCGGCUUACAAAAGACAGCUAUCCUAAAGCCUAGACAUAACGAAACCUAAAAGAAACAACACUUGUUAAAAGAUAGAGUCAUAGAGAACCAAGUGCCAAAAAGAGGAGUGAUGGAGUGAGAGGAGGAUGGGUCGUGUCGAAAUGCUCUCGAAAGCGGGUCGAGUCUCGGCUUGAUGGUAUCUUUAAUAUCAGAGAUGAUAACACCAAGAGGCCUGGCUAUGGAUGCGUGAAGUCUCGCAUUCCAUUCCGUUCUUUACAAAUAGAGUACGUGGAUGCUUGAUAAAUGAGUCUGAAGAUAAGUGUUGUAUAUCGGAUUAAGGACGAGCAAGCCACUCCACAACCGCUUCAAAGGACAUGGGAAGUUGGAGGUUUGCUCGACUGGUACAGUGUUGCCAGACAGAUGCGCUGUAAGGGCAUUGGAAAAAGAGGUAAGCCUUGUCUCAAGCUUCUUCUCAAGCUUCGUCUCUCAUCGUUUCAAGUCUUCAUCACCAAUUCACGAAGCUUCUCUCACUCAAGCUCUCCCAAGCUCACUCUGUUUCUGGUCUCAGGCUCGCAAGCUCAAGCCCUCUCCAAGUUCACUCUCUCGAUGGCAAUAGAUACUUGGAAACCUGAGGAAACUAGGUAUUUUUUCGAACUCUAUGCGGAAGAGAGAAGAAAAGGAAAUAAGGUUGGUACAUCAAUGAAUAAAGUGGGGAAAGCAAACAUUAUGGAGGCGUUUGAACAGCGGUUUAAGAAUAAUUUUCCUGAUUGGAGGCCCUACAAGAGCAAGUACGACACCAGUAGGAAGAAAUACAUCAAGAUUAAGACGCUGGCUCAAAACAGGACAGGGCUUGGGUUUGAUGACAUGGGAAGGAUUAACAUGUCAGAUGAUUGGUGGAGUGAACGCGAAAGGGAGUGUCAUGGUAUUAGAAGAUCCGUAUGCAAAGAGAUUAGUAACAUGGAUAUGUUUGAAGCGGAAUUUGGUGGUGUAGUAGUAAUUGGACCUGAAGGAUGGAGCGCUCAACAUGGAGAAGCCAGUUUGAACUCUAGAGUGGCUGAAGAUGAUGGUGAUGAUGAAGCUGAUUCUCAGCCAGCAGCAGAAACUCAAACAUUGGAGACAUAAACACAGCCACAAGCCCCACGCCAAACUCAGCCAGCGACUCAGACUCAUUCUGGAAGGCGUAAGGAGAAAGACAUGGUUGUAGAAGCGUGUGUGAAACGGACUGAAGCUCUUGAGGUGAAGAACAAGAUAGCGGAACAGAUGUUGGAGCGUCAAGAAGCUUUUAGUAUUUAGAAUGUGGUGGAGAUACUGUAUGCUUUGCCUGAAGUGAGAGAGUGGUCUCCACUAUAUGAAGCAGCAAUAGAAAUUCUCAUAGAUAAUGAAGGGAACCGAAGAGUCUUUGUAACAAUGAAGACAGAUGAAGCUAAGAUUAGGUUUUUGGAGCUUAGGACUAAGAUAAAACGCGAUGAUGACCAGUAUGGAAUUUAGGAUUAGUCUUAUUUUGUGAUCUUGAUGGAACUAGUAUGGAGCUUAGGACUAGUAUUCUUUGUGAUCUUGCUGGAACUACUAUGGAGUUUAGGAUUAGUCAUAUUUUGUGAUCUUGCUGGUCUGAUAUUUGUAUGAGUCUUUUGUGAUCUUGUUGGUUUGAUCCUUGUAUGAACUCUGCCUUUGGUGGCUUUAUAUAUAUAUGGUCUUUUUA